AUGUCGGAGCCUCGUUCGAAAUCUCCACAGGAUGGCGAGCACGGCGGGUCUUCAACAGUGCAUGACGAUAAGCCACGCCUGACAGAAGAGGAGAAAAAACAGAACCACAUCGCAUCCGAACAGAAGCGUAGAGAAGCUAUUCGAGCCGGCUUUGACCGGCUAUGCGAGCUCGUACCUGGCUUGCAAGGCCAUGGACGCUCCGAGGGAUACGUCUUGAAAGAAACAGUCAAGUAUAUGAGAGAGCAGCUAGUCAAGCGUCGUGAGCUAGUAGAGUUAGCAGAGGCACAAGGGGUUGCCGUCCCGGAACGUCUAAAAGAACCGGUCAAGAUUCUUGAGAAGUUGGAAACCCGGCAGAAAGAACAACAGGAAAAAGCGCGGCGCGAGGGACUUGAAAAAGCCCCUGAUCCAGAUAACUACGAAAGUUAA